GAUGAAUCAGUGUGUAUACUUUAUAAGUGCAAAACGUUAGACUCUUUAUACAAGCACAUAGCAUAGCCCGGAGGAAAGUUUGAUUAAACUCAUACAAAUUGAUUUAUGCUAAUUAACAUAACUAUUGUGUAUAGUACUGCUGACAUCUGCCAGGAGAGGGCUGUAUAGCCAUAGUGAUAAUAUAAAAACUGCCCCACUCUUUACCAUUAUUUUUGUUCCCUAAAAAAAGUGGUUUAAAAAGCCCUUCUGAAUUCAUAAGUUCCAUACAAAGAAAGAACUUGCUUUUGGGCUUUAAGUGCAGGCCAAAGGAGAGCCACAGAAUUAAAGACAAAGCUCAGCAUGAGAUUUCUGUGGCACUGACUCUGCAAAGGCCUGGGGUACUCACCCUUGGACCUUGCUGGAAAUCAGUAACAAAAUGCUAAGAAUGCCCUGGAGAUGGCAGAGGCAGGCUUCAGCCCUCUCAGCAAAACAAGCUCGGAGAGGGAGAAGUGGUGUUUUCUGCUUUUACAAGCAUUUUGAAGCCCUGAUUAUGGCAUGGCUUUUCGCAUUUGCUUUCUCAGCUGGAGUUUUAAGGCAAAUGCAGCACAACAUCAUGGUGGCACUGCAGCCGGUUAACAAACCCCUGUAACGGCAUCUGUUUCAAAGAUAUUCCUCUCAUAUUUGUCUGCUUCCUUUUCCUCCUUUUCGCCAUUUUUUCUCAGUCCAUUCGGUUGCAUUGCUGCAUCAGUCUUUGAGGUUGGUGCUCUAAAUCAAGUGAAAUUUUGUGGUGUGGCGUUUGUUUUUUGUUUGGUUUUUUUUUAAUUCAGAUUACGUCACUGAUUCAUUUAAGAACAUGUACCAGAUAAUGGCUGUGUCAGCCUAAUGGUAGGGAGAGGAAACAGUAGAGAGAGAAGUAGCAGAAGGAGAUGCAUUGUAACCAAGCUUCCUCCUCCGGUAAACAGCAAGGUGAACCCCAAUCCUGAAGUCACCGCAGGCUCAGUGGUACUGUUGUUGUCAUCUUUUAGUGCCUUUGGAGGAAGAAUGGGGAAAGAGAAGCGGUCAGCCACUUCUAAGGAAAAGAUAUUUGCCCAAGGGAUCUACAGGUUCUAUGCUGGUAAUCCCUCUGCUGAGAGGACUCUGAGCAUAUUUCACCAGGUCUGACCAUUUGCCGGGUCACAGGAAGAUAAUCUUGAAGACACACUGCUUCAGAGGAGGGUGUGUGGUCUCUCAGCAGCUGGCCACUCCUGUGUCUGCCCUUGUUUGGUUACAGAAGGGAGCUGGUUGUUGAUUGAGAAAAUGAAAGUUACGUAUUCACAGGCUUACAGGAAACAGUGGACAGCAUAAUACUGACUGUUUCUCAGAAUCCAAAUAUGUUAAGCUGACCAGUGUGCUUGAACUUUUCACUUUCCUGAAACUCACAGUGCUGUGAUUCAUAAGGCUUUGGAAGAAAAGAGGAGAAGGUCUUCAGGAAAGGGCCAAGCAUGGUAAUGGAUGAAGACAGCUUGAUGAUCCCCAUCAAUAAAGAUGCCUAUGAAGCUCUUAAGAAAAGAGAGGAAUGUCUAAAUAAUCUCAUUUACAAAAAGUUUGCUUGUACAUUGACCUUCAGAAGUACAAAAUGCACUGUUGAAGUAUACAGGAAAAAACUAAAGCAGGGAAUUGACAUUUGUGUUUGUAAGGAUGAUCUCCGAAGACACGAGGUUGAUGCUGUGGUGAAUGCAGCCAAUGAAUAUCUACGUCAUGGAGGAGGCCUUGCUUUAGCCCUCGUGAAUGCUGGAGGGCCAGAAAUACAAGAGCAAAGCAAUCUUUAUGUUCAAAGGUAUGGAAAACUCACAGCUGGUGACAUAGCAGUAACAGGUGGAGGGAAGCUUCCUUGUAAGAUAAUUAUUCAUGCAGUUGGUCCACAGUGGAUCGCUAAUGAAGAGGAAAGAUGUUGUAACCUACUUCAGAAAGCUAUUGUGAAUGUUCUGAAGUAUGUCAGUGCUCCAGAAAAUACUAUAAAGUCUGUGGCUAUCCCAGCAGUGAGUUCGGGUGGUUUUUGCUUCCCGCUCAAUUUGUGUGUUCAAGUGAUUGUAAUGGCUAUAAAGGAAUUUGUUGAGGCAAGUCCACCAAGCUGUCUCAGAGAAAUCCGCCUGGUGGACAGUUGCGAGACCACAGUUGCAGAAAUGAAGAAGGCCUGUGAAAGAUUUCUGGAUGAUACCAGUUCACUUCAGGAAACUCUUUCAGCUUCACCAAGCCAGACUUCAGCUUUCAUCAAACAUGAAGGCAUACACAUGAGCAUCGUAAGAAGACUCAUUGGAGACCAGAAGGUUUUCCAGAGAAAAUUUGAUUCAGCAGUGCACAAACUUGAAAAAAAGCUGUAUAACAACAGAAGUGAUCAUUUGAGUGCAGAGUCAGGCAGUCAAAGUAUAAAAGAGACUGCAAGUAAUGAACCAGUGAUUGAACUUAAAGGAAAUACAUGUACGCUAUUGGAAGCAGCAGAAUCAUGGAUCCGAAGCGUAUUACAAAUUCAGGGAAGUUGCCAUGCUAUUAUUGAAAACAACUACAUUUUUAGCCUUGGUAAAAAUGAAUUUGCAGAACUAUCUCGAGAGCAGCAUUCUAGUGUAUGUGUGUCAGAAGAAGUGCGAGGUGCAAAAGCAAGACUGAAAUUUCAGGGGCCCCCUGAUGCUGUGAUUAAUGCAGUGCUUGCAACUGAAGAAUUACUGCUUCGUAUGCAAGAGAAGACUACAGCUGAACAAGACAAACUGCUAGACUUAAUGGUCCAACCAAAAGCAGGUCAGCUUUCAGAACAACACCUUCAGAAGAGAAACUCUACUAAAUGUGUCCAGAUUUCACGGGUGGAAUCAAACCUUCAGGAGUUUAAAGACAGACAGAAACAGUUUGAAAAAGCUGGGCUUCGUGUUCUCAAGAUUGAAAAGAUACAUAAUUCUCUUUUAUCUGCUGCGUUCCAACAAAUGAAAAAAAAAAAAGAAAACCAAGGUAUCUCCAAAAUAACCCACAAGUUGUACCAGCAUGUUCCUGCUGAGUUCUGUAGCUCAGUAUGCCAAACUGGGUUUCACAGGAUGUAUUCUCCACCAACAGAACAAAAAUAUGGAGCUGGCAUCUACUUUAAAAGGAACCUGAAAAGCCUAAUCGAGGGUAAAGAUACGUGGGAAACAGACUCUAAAAUAUAUGUGUUUGAGGCUGAUGUAUUAACAGGCUUAUACAUUAAAGGCAAGCCAUCUUAUAUUAUGCCACUGGCAGUGGAGGGGGAUGACAUUAAGAUAUAUGACAGCUUAGUAGAUGAUGUAAACAAUCCCGACAUCUUUGUUAUUUGCAACAGUUUUGGGGCCCUUCCACAGUAUUUGUUGACUUGUUCCCAAGUCCGGGAGAGUGAUAUCACCCUCUGAGGAAACCAGCAGCAUCCGGAGUAAGAAUUAAUCAGAACUGUAGCUAUUGUGAAGACCCCCCUCAGAACAAAGUCUAAUACUUAGAUUUUAAGAGGAUGUUCUACCUAGUAACGUGCUGGGGUCAAAGUGCCUUGUGCAAAGUGCUCUGAAAUACCCGUGAACAAAAAAAGUAAGUCAGUAACUUAAAGAGACUAGAACAAAAUUAUCUAUGAGUGGAAAUAGAAGGGAAAGCAUCAUAAAAUACAGUUUAGCAUUUAUCUGGUCAUUUACGUUAUGCCUUAAAGUGCUGUGAGCACAUGACUAUACACUUGAUGCUUGCAUAGGUUGUCAUUCUUCCAUUAGAUUUUCUUAAUCUGAGAUAUUGCAUAUAUUAGUGAAACCCAGGAAAUCAUGGUUGUGCCUCUGAUUCUUAAAUUUGCUUUUGACUUAAAUAGGUGAAAGCCGUUUCCUACUUAGGGACGUGCUACUAAAUACACAUAGUUAUGAUAAAUGUGAGGUAAUACUUCAUGGUUUCUAACAGUAGUUGCUUGUACAGUGCUUAUUAGUUAAGAGGUUCCAAGCAUUGUAGAUACAUGUAUUCAAAAUAAAAAGUAUGAAUGACAAUGUCAGCUAACCUAUUAUUUUUCCAUAUAGUCUUAUGAAUAUGACUUGGACUGUAUUUGAGCUUCAGAUUUCUCAGUGGUGUUCAAUCUCUUUGAACAGCUACAAAAUAGUAGAGAACUGGCUCAAGCUACAGCUUGAAAUUGCUCUUCAAUAAUCUACUUUGUAAUCUUUAGAAGAUAUUGGUAGUGUCAACUGUAGAAAUCCCCACAUUGCUUCUGCAGUGACCUGAAGCCAGUAAACAGAAAAGCCUAAGAGCUAUUACACUCCAGUGUAAAAGGAUUCAGUCCAGCUCUCAGGUACUUUGAAACCUGUACUAAAGCCUGAAACUAUGCCUGACGUUAGCAGGGUUUAAAACAAAUCUAUUGUCCCGAACUAAAAGCUACUACCAUAUUUGUCCAAUCUGAAGCAUUUUAAAUCACCACUUUUUAGUUAUGGCCCUAACCAAACACCUGAACAGCUUACAACAGUGCCAAUAUCAUGUCUGCUUCUAGAAUGAAAAGUCAUCUGUGGAUAAAACUGUAAUUAUCUGGGGAGAAGAAAGGUUCACAUAAAGCUAUUAAAAACCAAUGACAUCGUCAUAGGAAAAACAUUUCAUCCACAUGUAAAGCACUGGGCUAAUGGAGAGCAGUCUGAACCCUAAAACAUAGAUGAAAUUAGUGUUUCAUAAAACUUUUCAAAAUAAUUUGUUAAUGAAUUCCCAGUACAUUUGUACUGCACCUGCAACUGCCAAGACAGUAGUGCUAGGAACCACUCACAAGUCCAAAAGAAAUUAAAUUAUAAAAGUCUAAUUCUGAACUGUAAGUGAGGUUGCAAGUGGAAAAACUUUUGAGCCAUUGCAAAACAAACUUUUAAAUUAAUAUAAUAAUAUUUUGGUUGGGUUUUUUAAAAUUAUUUUUAAGAUUAGCUAUGUCUACAUUGUUGCAAAAGGGUAGCUUUUGUCACGUGUGAGCCUAUGCUCUAGUGUAAUGUUAAAUGGGAACACCCCCCCUGAACUUGUAAGAACCACCUAACACAUACGAGUCUUGUUCUCACAGAAAUCCCAAGGUUGCUUUUAGAUAGUAUGCUGGAAUUUUGAAAACAGAAUUAGUCUAUUUCUAUUUUAACUUUUCCAUUUAGGCAACCAAUUCUCCUCUAUUUCUGUCCCAUUUUUCCCUCAUGUUUCUUGAUUCACACAUUACUGCCAGGAAAACGCACAGCUGUAGAUUGAAGGUUUGUUAGGCAGCACUGAACUAGAAUAAGCUCUUCUUUCAGCUUGCUUUGGGAGUUUUCAUUUUUUAAAGGAGUUUCAUGGCAGGAAUUUUUUUUUUCUGUUUUGGAAAAACUCAGUACAGAGUUUCUGAACUACUGCAACAAUUUCUAACAAGCAUCAGUUUUUCAGAAAACCUCAAAGAAUUUUUUUCUUGGCAAAAUGUAACAUCUUUUCUCCUACUGGUAUAGAGAACAGUCUUUAUAGCACAGUAUUAUUUUAAUACUGUUACACAAGUACUGGUACAAUGUAUUUCAUUAUUAAUCUUUUUAUUAACUUUGUAACUCUUCUUAACUGCAUCUGAAAAAUGUUAAUAGAAAAAAUAAUUACGGAGAAAAUGUUAACAGCUUAUUCCAAUGCCCAGCACAUGCUUCCUCCUCCCUCCACAUACACCCACAGUCUAUAAGGAUUCAGACUUACUGAAUAUUUACCUUGCAUUUUUUUAUAGUGAGAUUUUUUUUCCUAGUAUAUAAUUUCUAUGUAAGUUCACCUGUGCUCCCUGCACUUAGUGAUAAAAUAUAUAUUCUGUGUGUCUAUAUAGUUUUUUAAAAACUGGUAAUGUAAGAGGUUGUAUAUAAUGGUUUUCAUCUGGUCCUCAACAAAAAUAAUUUCAUAUACAGAAACUAGAAAAUAAACCCAGCACAAACUAGAUGUACCAAGUAGUACAUAUUAAAAUAAUUACCACAGUAAUUGAAAAUUCCUGAUCUUAGUCCUACAAUAAUCAGUUAACUAGAGGUUACUCCACAGCCUCUGGGAUUUCUCUGUCAUCCACAAUAAGGGUAUGAAUAAUUCCUUCCUUUCGUUUUCCACUACUGACAGCCUUAAUGCAACAGCUGUGAUCACCAACACUGAAGUGAGUUUCAGUCCCAUCUUCUACAAAUUCACCCUGGGAGAAAGGAGACAGGAAUGAGACAUGUGCUAUUUUAGUAAAACAGAAGCUUGAGUGCAUCACACUGUUUCCAAAGUGAAGAUCACUUGUAGUUCCCACAAUUAGAGCAGCCGAAGGUACCAGUGACAAAUACAGCACGAAUGCUGAACAAAGCUGCAGACUCUCAGCUAGGGCUUUGUCAAAGCAUCCAGUUAAAGAUACGUGGGUAUUACAUGACAAUAAAAAUUUCACAUAAUCAGAAAUGGUAAAGUUGGAGUUUGUGAAUUCAUAGCAUUGAUCUGUGUCAGUAAAACAAAAAUAGAAAAGACAGCUUCCUAUCAAGCUGUGCAGUACAGCCAGUAAGUACCACACAAACAUACGCUGAAGUGACAGUAAAAUGUGAAGCAUUUAGCGGUGCCUUCUACAGCAGGACAAAGAGAUCUCUGAAUUGGGUAUAACAGUUGUGUAGUUUGGAUAUGCAACUCCUGCUGCAGUUAUGUAAUUAAUUUUAAUAUCCUAUUCUCAAGUAUCGCAAAACUGUUGAUUUUACAAUUUUUUCUCAUCCAGGGGCUUACUUGUGGCAGUAGUAAUGACAGGGACAACUCUCUGCUGAGAGCGCACAUCCUUCAAGGAUGGGGAAGCCUACAUAGUAUGCAUAUUGAAAGCCAUCGUAGUAGAAAAAGACACCAAAUAGUUUAAGCCUUCUCGCUGUCAGCCUGCUCUAAAAAUUAAUGCAGAUGUGACAGAAAGACAAAAGAUUUGAUUUGUUCCAAUGAGACUCUUAAGCCCUAAGUGUUAGGGACCGUCUACAGAUGGAAAAAAAAUCGUGAGUCAUAACAGACCGCACCUGUUCAACUUUCAGCUACCACUAACAUGAGCAGGUUUGGAUGAGGUGGUUCGGCGCUCUGCAUCAAACUCAAGUCCAUCCCACUCCCCUGAAAGUUUUCUCCCUAAAAACCCUGGACAACCAACCCAGAAGAUUUAUUUUGCUUGUCUAAAAAGUGUAAACAAAAGCAUUGUUUAUCCUUAAAUAGAGAGAUGUUUGGCAUCCUAACGAAAUACUGUCAGUUAUAAAAUACAGUGAAGGACAUUCGGAACAGACUAAUAGCGUACUGGCUGCCUAGGCGGAUGCUCAUACUCUGUAGUAAAGUGAGGUAACGUGUCCCUGUGUGGCUUAUUUUGCUAAGCUUUGGUUACCUAGCCAUAGCUAGUGGAAAGCCUUUGGAAAUGAUCACAUACCGCUGUUUCCAAUUUUUGGCCAUUGCACCACACAUCCAUAGUGUCCUUUUCUGUGAAGGAAAAAGAAAACAAAAAGUAGAAAGAACACGAUAUGUCUUCCCCCUACAGACAAGAUGAUUUAGGAAUUUUAAAAAUUUACUGUUGAAUUUUACUUUCAGUUCCCAAAAGGAGUUCCUAAUUAGCCAUAGCACCUUUGGCUUAUGAUUUUUGGAAGGAAAGCCUGGUUAUCUGGUUAUCAAACUUACGCACACAGCAGGUUUGAUCACAAUAAGAUAACGCUUCUAUAACAUGCUUCACCUGGAGAACUGUCUUGCUAGGGAGAAGCCAUAACUCCUUCCAACCUUUUUUUUUUUUUUUCUCUCCUGUUUUUGAGUCUAGACCAUGCUGCUGUAGAAUAGAACACUGACAGCAGGCUCACAUAGGUGUAACAAGACCAUUAUUUUUCAGACCAUCUUGGCAUCUAAUUCCAAACUUCCAGACCACACAGGAUUUUAAACUGCAACAGAGUUAGCCACUGAACUGUGCUUUCUCUUAAUUACCAGUUAUUAAAUGCAUACAAGUUUAUUCAAAGGCAGCAACGUUAAGUCAUUCAAUGUUUACUUACCUAGAACAACUCUAUAGUCCAUACCACCCAAGCUCAGUACCCAAGUAUUGGUUGUUUUUGACCUGUUCUCCAUAUACUUCUUGAGGCUCUUUCCAUUGAUCUCCAAAGUAUAUUCAUAUGCAAAGCCACUGACUGCAUCAAUGUUAAUAGUAGCUUUUGUUUUGGCUGCUCCAACAUUGAAAGUUUCUUUACCCACUAAUUUAAACAUCCAUUCUUUUCUUAUUUCUUCCUGUAGAAUAAAACAAAGACAAUGGGUAUUAAUUGAUAAACUUGAAUGCAUGUUUUAGUACAUAAAAAAAAAAAUUGAACUAGAGCUCGGGAAACAGCUCAGUACUUAACUAUUAUUUCAGAAUGAACACAUAUGCAAUAUUCUGUACGUCUACAGUGCCUUUGCCCAAGGACAGCAAAGCAUUUCAUGAAUACUCACACCUUAAUUGUGGCUGAAAAAAAGAAUGAUGCAUUUCAUUAAAUUAAGUAAAGUUAAUCAACUGAAUA